AUGCAAUUGCAGCGGUUGCUGGUAAUUCUAGAAAUUUUGUUGGCAUUGUCCUCGCUGGCAUGUUGUCAGUCUACCGGGAAAAUUACCUUUGAAGAUACCGCUACCGAACACCGAGCAGAUCAUCAAGUUUCAGAGAAUCCUAAAGAAGUUUCAUCGCAACAGCGAGGAUUUAAUCCUGUUCAACAUGUGGAAGAUUUGUUCAAUUAUAUUGGUCUUGGAACUGGACGAAAUGUUGAUCCAUAUUUGGCAAAAGUUAAUGAACGUUGUUUAACUGGCGAUUUGGCUGAAUGUUUCAAAUCACGUGCAUUAAAUUAUUUUGUCGACUUUUUUGAUCAUCCCGAGUAUUCUUUAAAUGAUAAUGUCCAAGUUAAGCGAAUGCCUGAUCAAGUAGUAGCAGAAGUAUAUCGUCAACCGUACGAAUAUUCUAACGAACCUAGAUCCGGCGAAACUGAAUGGGAUCAAAUGGUUAAUUUCAUGAAGAGGAAGAUGGAAAGGUUUGUUAAGACAAUGUCUUUCGAAUUGACUAUUCCAAACGAGGAAACUAGUCUUGAUGAAGCUUAUAAGCCGAGAUUUUUGAAUGAAAUUGCUGACGAGAUUGAUACAAUUGAGAACAAGAAGGAUACCCUAUUUUCUCGUAAUCGACUCAAAAAAGUUCUUAUACCAAUCUUGCUUGUUCUGAAGCUCUUCAAACUGAAGCUAUUAUUAUUGUUGCCUUUGAUUUUGGGAUUGGCAUCAUUCAAGAAGUUCCUUGGAUUUUUAGCGAUCAUCAUACCUGGUGUAAUAGGUUUCCUUAAGCUUUACAAACCGUAUCCACAGUAUUAUCCAGUGUACACUAAAAAUGGAGUUGCUCAACCUCAACCUUAUUACGAAUCACAUUCAAAUUUUGACUAUCACGGUAAUAAUUAUGGAAAUGUAGAUUCCUAUGGUCACGACUUGGCAUAUCACGGAUAUCAGCAUUAUAAAUCUAAUAAUAACUAAUCUAACAAUUUAU